UCGGCUUUCAGAUGUGCUUGAACAGUGAGUAAUAGAAGCCCAAAAAACACCCGACGGGGUAAGUGUUGAGGCUGACUUUACUCAGCGGUGGAGCUAUCGGGAACUUGUGUUGAGAGAGCGGCGGUACUGCUUUGGAUCUAUUUUCGAUUUCCUAGCGAGACUUUAAAGCGAAGGCCGGCGCUGAUUGGCCGGCGCGGAGUCACGCGGUCUGCACUCGCUUUGCCUCGCGCCCGUCCGUGAACGCGACUCUGCCUGCCUGCGCUAGCGGCGCUUCGAGCUCUCAGGAUCCUCCUCACUAUUCUUCUUCUCCAUUCCCGAAACGUUCCUUUUUUUUUCUCCCCAGGAAGAGAAAGAAAACUCUAUUCUUUUCCAGAGACGUCUCCCCUAUCAUGGGCGACAAAAAGAGCCCGACCAGGCCGAAAAGACAAGCCAAGCCGGCGGCUGAUGACGGAUACUGGGACUGUAGCGUGUGUACGUUCAGGAACAGCGCGGAAGCGUUUAAAUGCAGCAUCUGCGAUGUACGGAAGGGCACAUCCACAAGGAAGCCCAGGAUAAACUCCCAGCUGGUGGCUCAGCAGGUGGCACAGCAGUAUGCCACCCCUCCCCCUGCGAAGAAAGAAAAGAAGGAAAAGCCAGAGAGACUUGAGAAGGAGAAAGCCGAUGGCGAGCGACCAGAGCGAAACCUGCCUGAUGGUGAGCUCCCAGCCAAGGAAAAGAUCGAGAACGACCAUGCUGACAAAGAGAAGAAGGACAGAGAGAAAGAAAUCACUGUUUCCCUCCCCAAGAAACCCAGCAAAAAGACCAGGCCCAAGAUGGACAACCAUCAAAGCCCACCAAGUGAAAGAAACAGUAUACAGUCUGGGAAAUCAACCACCAAGACUAAAAACUCUCACAUCUCAAGACCCAAAUUGAAGAACGUGGACAGGAGCACGGCCCAGCAGCUGGCCAUCACGGUGGGGAAUGUGACGGUAAUCAUAACAGACUUUAAAGAGAAGACGCGUUCAUCCUCCACGUCCUCCUCGACAGUGACGUCCAGCGCCGCCUCCGAGCAGCAGCACCCGAGCUCGGGCUCCGAGAGCAUCGACAAGAGCUCGUCACGUGCCUCCACUCCUAAACGAGACCUCUCGCUUGGCCACGACGAGUCAUUCUGAGCCUCCGGACUGCUCUUGGACACUGUGGAGAUGCUGGCUGUUCUGCAUUUCUCCUAUGCCCUGCUCUCAUUCCGCCCAUCUGCUUUUUAUUACCAAACGAAGGGGCGAAUGCUUGCCACACCCCCACAUUUACACAUAUGUCGAUGUGCGUACAUGUUGACGCGUGCACAUACAUUUCCCGAUUGGAGAUAAUCCCAUCUCUCCGGACCCUUACCGGUGGAUUCUCAGCGUCACACCUCGGUAGCACUGGAGUGGCAGCAGGGCUAACGAGAUGGCAUCCCCGCUUCUUGUAUGUAUUGUUUUAUACUUGUAAGUGAACAUCUGCCUGAAUUAAAUUUUUUUUAAUUAUUA